UACUCUAGCACUACUAAUAUAAUAGGUACAUUGUAUUCUAUAUACUACACAUAUAUUCACUAAAAUGGCCUUGGAAGUAACUCAUAUAUGCAAAAGAACUGUGGUGAGCACCAAGGCAGUGGAGCCAGGAAAGUACUUCCCCUUGUCUGUUUUGGAUCGCUACAUGGAGAACAACCACAUUAGGAUGGUGUACUAUUACCAAACCUCAAGAGAAGUGGAACUUGGAAAAGUGACCAAGAAGUUGAGAGAGACCUUGUCAGAGAUGCUUACCCAUUUUCCCAUAGUGAGUGGAAGGUUGGUAAGAGAUGAUGAGACAGGGCAUUGGAAGAUCAAGUGCAAUGAUGCUGGAGUUAGAGUGGUGGAGGCCAAAGCCAAAGGGAGUGUAGGAGGGUGGCUAGCUAACCUUGAUAGGGAAAAGGAACUCCAACUUGUGCAUUGGGAGGACAUGUUUCACAAGCCCUAUUAUUGGUCCACCUUUUAUGUCCAGCUAACUGAAUUCGAAGAAGGUGGAUUAGCAAUUGGCCUAAGCUGCUUUCAUCUCUUGGUAGAUUCCACUUGUGCAACAUUAUUCAUGAAAGCCUGGGCUGACAUUUCAAUGGUAAACAAAAUGAUUACUCCUCCAUUAUUCCAUCAUUUACCUCCUCGAAGGCCACCAAAUAGAAACCCCAAUCAUCACCUCCACAUGGAGUUAAUUCAUCACUACAAAUCCCUAAUUGAAAAACCCAAUUCUACAAAAGAAACAAUGUACACUACAAUUUCAAUGGGCUUCUCAAACCCCAUGGUUCAGGCCUGCAUGUCCAUGGCCCAACCUAAUGGCCCAAUACCGCCCUUUGAGGCUUUAGCAGCAUUAUUUUGGGUCUCUUUGAGCAAAGUGAAGGGUCUGAGAAAUAGGCUUGUUGACAUGUCCAUAUGUUUGGACAUGAGAAAAGUGUUGGGCCUAGAUUGUACAUUCUUUGGGAACUGCAUGGUGUAUAAUAAGGUCAAUGUAGAAGGGAACAAUUACAAAUUUCCGCAAGUUGUUAGGGCAAUAAGUGAUGUUGUGGCUAAAAUGGACACUGAGGCAAUUAUCAAUUUGACCGAGUGGCUAGAAAAUAAUGAUGUGAAUUCACCUACCAUGAUGAACAAUCAUAAUUUGGUUUGUACUAGUUUAGAGGGUAUGGACCCUUAUUUAACCGUGUUUCCAGAUUUGUUCAAACCCAUCCAUGUUUCUUAUUACAUAGAACCAGUUGUGGGAGAAGGACAAGUUUUGAUUCUGCCUGGUCUUCCAGAGGAGGGUCCUUUAAGUAGGGUGGCCAUGGUGACCCUUAGGAAAGAAGAAGCAAUUAAGCUUUGUGAAGAUGAUCUUAUUUCACAAUUCUCUCCCACUAUAUUGAUGAAAUGUGAAUGAACAAUAAUUGUGAUUUAAUUACAAUUAUGUCAAU